GUUGAAACUUCAGACAUCUCCAACAACAGCAUUAUAAUUUUCUCUCACUCACACUUUGAUAUUUGUUAAUUGCUUACCACCAUCUUUCUCAUCAUUAUACCUUCCUGUCUACGUGAAGAAAACAGAAUAAGCCCAUGUCUUGUGCUUUGGAACCUUUCCCACUUUUCCCCUUAUAGAAUAUGGUUUUUCUCCAUUCAAAACUCCCCUCUCAGAUCCGAACCUCACUCAAGUUCUCACAUUUUCACCUUAUUUUUCUGUUUUGAUCUAUACCCACCUCCCAAAAAUGCAAGUCCUGAGAUGGGUUCCAACUCUCUUGUUGAUUUUCUCAUUCUUCGGUCUGUUUUGCAAGUCCCUAGCUCAGGUGUCCCCAGUUUGCUCGGAAGAAGAUAGAGCUGCUCUUCUUGGAUUCAAGGCGAAAAUCGUCAAGGACACGACGGAUACUCUCUCGACAUGGAUCGGAAAAGACUGCUGCGGAGGAGGUUGGGAAGGCAUUCAGUGCAAUGAAGCAGGGAGGGUCAAUGUGCUUGAAUUGCAAAGGCCAAACAAGGACAGUGGCCUUUACAUGAGGGGCACCCUGUCCCCUUCUUUGAGCAAUUUGCGCUUCUUGGAAGUGUUGACUAUAAGUGGGAUGAGGCAAAUCGCCGGUCCAAUCCCGGAGGGCUUGUCGAAUUUGACCCGCCUUACGCAGCUGUCUCUUGAAGACAACUCUCUCAAAGGCAGCAUCCCUUCAGGUUUAGGCCGUUUGUCCUUGCUUCAGGGACUUUCCUUGAGUGGCAACCACUUGACUGGCCAGAUUCCUCCUAGUCUAGGUAACCUCAGAAACCUUCUUCAACUUAACUUGGGAAGAAACUCCCUGAAUGGUCCAAUCCCAACCACUUUUCAAAAUUUUCAUAAUUUGCAGUAUAUUGAUCUUAGCUCCAAUCAGCUUUCUGGGCUCAUCCCAGAUUUUGUAGGGCAGUUUCAAACCAUCACCUUUGUUGACCUUUCCAACAACCAAUUGUCAGGGCAGGUGCCCAUUUCCUUGUUUAGCUUGGCCAAGCUUCAGGACUUGUCCUUGAGCCAUAACCAACUCACUGGAAUAAUUCCUGUCCAGAUUGAGGGACUAAAAUCCCUUACCAGCCUUUCGCUGAGCGGAAAUCGGUUCACCGGUCAUAUUCCCACAUCCAUUUCAAGGCUGCAGAAUCUAUGGUACCUUAAUUUGUCUAGAAAUGGACUCUCCGACCCUUUACCGAACACACUUGGCAGGGGCAUUCCUUCUCUGUUGUCAAUAGACCUUUCUUACAAUAACCUCAGUUUGGGGACUGUUCCGGAUUGGAUCAGAAGUCGACAACUUUCCGAUGUCCAUCUUGCCGGCUGCCAGCUUAAAGGAAUGCUUCCAAGCUUCACAAGGCCAGAUUCUUUGACCUCCAUUGACUUGUCUGAUAAUCAAUUCACCGGUGGGAUUUCAAAGUUCUUCACCAACAUGUCAAGCUUGCAAAAGCUCAACCUCUCAAAGAAUGAAUUGAAGUUUGAUAUUUCAGAAACCAAUUUUCUAGACGGGCUAUCGGUUAUUGAUUUGAGCUCAAAUGAGCUUGUGGGAUCCCUCUCAAAGAUCCUAAACCAUACGAGUGGCUUUCUGGAGGUCUUCGACGUAUCGAGGAAUCAAAUUUCAGGCGUAAUUCCAGAAUUCGGUGAAGGCUUGAGGUUGAGAAUACUCAAUCUAGAAAGCAACAAGAUUGGUGGACACCUCCCCAGUUCACUUUCCAGCCUGAUUAACCUCGAAAAGCUAUCCAUUUCAAGGAACCUGAUAACAGGCACCAUUCCUACAGGUUUAGGCCAAUUGGUGAAGCUUCAAUGGCUUGACCUCUCUAUCAAUGGCCUCUCAGGUAGAAUCCCAAAUAGCUUAUUGGGGAUUGGAGCUCUGAGACAUGCAAGCUUUCGGGCAAACAGAUUAUGCGGCGAGAUACCGCAGGGUCGGCCGUUUAACAUCUUCCCUUCAGUUGCUUAUGCCCACAAUUUGUGCUUAUGCGGCAAGCCUUUGCCACCUUGUAGAGCAAAGAAAUCAGAAGAAAAGAGCCAGUAAAAUGCUGACUCCAUUGCCCGGGAGCAGAUAUGUUCAUGCCACAUGAGAUCAAGAGAAAUAGCUCCAGUAUUCUACCUAUAUAAUCUUAUAUUAUUCAUUUCCAUUGUUAGUUACUUCAAAGAGAGAUUAUUUUGCGUCAUUCUAAAGGAAAUAUUAGA